AUGACUGAUGCCAAGAAGUACCAUAGGCGCCAUAAGGUGUGUGAGUUCCAUGCCAAAGCUCCUUCUGUUCUGGUCAAUGGAGUUCAGCAACGCUUUUGCCAGCAAUGUAGCAGGUUCCAUGAUUUAUUGGAGUUUGAUGACAACAAAAGGAGUUGCCGCAGGCGUUUAGCCGGGCACAAUGAACGGCGUAGGAAAGGCUCGGCUGACUGUCAAGGAGAAGGCUCAAAUUGA